GCCAUGCCUUUAUCAAAAUCAGAGAAGACGUAUAUCCAGACUUCUCUGCAAUCACCGAGCCCCAGUCGUGCCGACGGACGUCCCCUAUACGACUACCGUUCCAUCGCAAUCGAAACAGGCGUCGCGCCCCUCGCGAAUGGCAGCGUGCGCGUUAACAUCGGGAAGAAUAGUAGUAGUGGAGGGGGGACCGAGGUUCUGGGCGCCGUGAAGCUUGAGGUGGAGAAUGUCAGUGGAAAAACAGACGGGCGGAUAGUGUGCUCUGUGUCUUGCUCACCAUCCGCAUAUCCCCACCUUUCGACUGGUGCAUUGGAUGAUCUGCAAUACGACUACACCACACUCCUGCAUCAAACCCUCUCACAUCCGUCCCUCCAUCCCUCAACUCUCGGGAUCAUCAAAGGAAAGAAAGCAUGGCUCCUUUCACUCGAUCUCGUCGUCCUCUCCGACUCUGGGAAUGUAUAUGAUGCGUUAUUCAUGGCCGCCCGUGCGGCUCUAUGGGACACGAAGGUCCCUCGGACACGGAGCAUCGAGUAUCGCGCGAAUGCCAAGGGCGGUGCUCAAUUCGGCGGGGGAAGGGCAGAUAUGGAUGUGGAUGAAGACAACAAAAGCGGGUUUGAUACGAGACAGGUGGCGGCUGCAACAGAUUUCGAACUAGAAGACUAUUGGGACGAGGGCGAGGUGUUGAACGGUAGGGAGAAGUGGCCGGUCUGCGUCACGCUGAAUCUGCUUCCACCAAUACACUACCUCGAUGCAACAUCGCAAGAAGAGGCGGCCACCCCUUUCCGACUUUUGCUCAUAUACUCUGGUGCAAACCUGCAAGGGAUGCGGUUAUUAGGAUCAGGAGAAGUCAACCUCGAAUUGAUGAAGAGUUUGAUCAAUACCGGGGAGAAGUACGCAUCAGAGCUCUCGGUGGCUUUGACCGUAAAACUCAAAGACGAGGAUGUACGUCGUAACGAGAAAGCACGGUCUCGGUUUGCUGCUGUACGGUGAUGAUACUCUUUGCAAUCCAAAACAAGAUCAUCCUC